GUCGAGUUGAGGCAAAAUGGCGGCCUGUGACUUCAGGAACUGGAGUUUCUAUUGUUUUCAGUUCAAAGAUGAGGCUGUGGUUUGAUCUGUGAAGGAUGAAACUCCAUCAAGUGCUCACUGGAGCAACGAACACAUUCGAUGAUAAGGCUGCAAUCGAUGUUGGAAGCGUGGAAGAUCACCCUUUUACGGCCUAUGCAUCUGGUUGUGAUGUUGUUAUUCUGUUGAGUGGGUUCACCAGAGUACAGAUUAUCCCAGGGUCUUUGUAUGGCUAUAAAGAAGUCAGCUGCAUCAACUGUUGUGAUUCCGAUGGAAAGAUUGCAGCAUCUUAUGGAAAGCAGGUUAUGAUAUUUGAGGCCAAAUCUGCAGCAGUCAGCAACAAUCAUGGGUUUCCCUUUCAUUGGGAAAAGUCAGCAGAACUUUGUCUUAACUUCAGGAUUACAUGUUUGUCAUGGAAUAGAGAAGGUAAACGGCUUCUUGUGGGUGGUGACUUUAUUCAGCUCUGGAGCUGUGAAGAGUACCAUGAACAAAGAGACUUGCUGGAGGAGGAUGUGUUCUGGACAUGUAUUUGGGCAUGCAAACCUUCUGUCCCAGUCCAUCUUCUUCAGUUUUCUCCGGAUGGGCAGUAUUUUUCAUCUGUAGGAAAGCAUGACAGGCUUGUUAAAGUCUGGUUUGACAACAAUCAAGUCAACCCACAGUUUGAGAGUGAAGAGCUGCAGAGCAUGAACCAGUUUAAAAGCAAUGGCAUUUUGGACUACACUUUUGUUUACCUGGCACAUCCUGGCCCUGUGACUGGAAUUUCCUGGAGAAAGACCAGCAAAUACAUGCCAAUCUCCACUGUCGCCAAUUGUCUCUUAACAUCCUGCACUGACAAUGUGUGUCGCAUCUGGUGUGAAUCAAUCAAACAAGGUGACCACAAUGACUUACUCUCCCAUCCCACAAAGAACAACCACAAGUGUCUGUGGCAUUUAUCCCAGCAGCAGAAAAAAUCUCAAACAAAGGAUGAUCCAUCGACUGAUCCUCUACUAAGAUACCAGCUUUCAUCUUCUCUGCAAUUUCACAUUGCUGUGGCAGUAAAUCCCUUGAGCGAUAUUCCGCUGCUGUCAUCACUUUGUUCUAUCUCAGACAGUAAUCACAGCAGUUUUGUUCUACAUUGGCUGAAUAACAAGGAAAUCCAGUUCACUAUGGCAGCUGAGUCAUGUCUUGGUGCUCCUGUGCUUGCUCUUGAAGUAGAGAGUGUCGAUGUCAGUGACGACUCUUCCAUAAGCAGCAGUGAAGCAGAGCUCUUAGUACCCAGUGAUGAGGAUGUUUUGGAUUCCCCCAAGCCAUCCCCAGCUGUAACCCGCAAGAAAGAGAAACAAACCCCAGAGAGGACAAAAGAAUUCAAACCACCAUGUUCACCAAGAGCAAGAACUCCACUAGAUUACUUGAAACACCUUCAAGAUGACACGCUAAGUGACAUUGAAGAAUCAAGUACUUAUGCUGUAGUUGUAUCUUCAUGUAUUGGAAACCUGCUUCAUGAGUGGUACAACAGUUUGGACACACUUCUCGCUGUGCAUCCAGUCGACGGUUCACUGUUAGUGUGGCUUGUUGAAUGGCUUGAUGUUCAGAAUGGUGUUCCGUACAGACAGCCUCAAGUUAGUUUUUUAUCUCGGAUUCCAAACGUCCUUCCUCCUGCUGAUGCAAACUCACUUUUGAACAAACUCAUUGUGUACUGUCCCAGAGAGGACAAAGUGAUGGCUCUGAGAAAUGUGAUGUUAAAUAAGAAUGACAAUGCUUCUGCAGGUCAGAGGAUAACACCCAAAGUUGGUGGCAUGGCUCUGAACAUUUCCCGAUCAAGUUUUGGGAGUUCCACCGGAGGGACACAUCCCACAGCGAUCAUGAUAUCCACACACAGGGACGGUGCGCUCAACCUAUGGCAACUUGCAUUUGCUGACAACUCAUCGUUUUCUACUGUAGUUAGUGUUUCUCAUCACGCACGUAGAUGUGGACAUAGGUAUCCUAUAACGAACAUUUUAGCACAUCCAGAAUUACCGUUGAUGCUUUCAACGUCAAGCCACGAAAUGGAGGUGAGGAAGGGAGAGGACAGUUGGAACAAUGUAGAUUUGUUAAGCCUAUUGGAUGGCAAUAGAGACAAAACUCGAAAGCUGCAUUGCAAUGAACUCAUUGUCUGGAAGGUUGAAAGUGUAUCGCCCUUGCGACAGAGUGGUGGAGUCAUGGAGCUUACACGUGUAAACUCAUCACGUCCCAAUGCUUUUAUGAACAUAGCUUGGGUUCCAACGUUAUUCUCAUACUCACUGAUUUCAUUUGACAGCACUACUUCAAUACCACCCCAUGCUGUAGCCCCUUGCGCAUGUUUCUUGGCCCUAGAUGGAACUUGUUACAGAUUUUACCAAGUUAUCCUUGAUGCCAGAACUUUACAAGGCUAUAUUUCAAGCAACAAGACCAGAACACGUUCAACUCUGUACUCUAGUGGUAGUGAAGGAAGCCUAGACUCAUUGGACUUUGAAAGCCCAAGCAGCUCAGUUCCAAUUGAAUGCUUUAUUGAGUCCAUAGUGAGCAGACAGUCAGGGGCAACACCUGGAUGUAUUCUUAAGCUUUGUUCAUUAGCUGAUUCUAAAGAUGUCCUACGAGAACCCCUGUUGCUGCACGUUUUCACUGAGAGUUCUGUGAAGUCAUCAUGCCUUUUUUCACAUGAUAAGCAGAGCUGUGAAAAUGAGGAGGACCAACAGCAAAGUUCACGGAAAUCAGAAGACACCUUUUACAUUGUUGGCAUUGAAAAUGUCAUUGAUGAAGACAACGACACUGUGUCUAUGAUUUACAUGUGGCAGGUGACUGUAACUGCGACAAAACCAGAAGUGAAUGUGAAGGGAUCAGGCUUGGAGUCGAUAUCAGCAUACCCUGAGGUUGUACAGCCUAUCAGCAGAAGCAGCAGUAGUGCAUCCAACCGAAGUGUAAGCCCCCUUAACUUGCCACAGUCGGGACAUGUAACCAGCAGCAUUGUAUCAAGGAGAGUGUGCUGUCAGAGACUUCCACUUCCUAAAGGGACAACCAUCACUACAGCCACCAGAGCUGCAGAUAAGAUGUCUUCCUCUGCAGUUAAUCCGACAUGCCCAGCACAGUACUUGUUCACUUCGUCAUGUUCUGAUGGGAAAGUUAGGUUCUGGUCUUGCAGGGAAAUUGUCUCUGAGAAUCAGUUUGUGUGGCAAGAGACCUCUUGGCUGUCAGAUGGACGGAAAUACUCUCAUUUGAAGAAGCAGCUUGAUGGCCGUGUUUUAGGUUUGGAUGCCCCUGGUGAAGUGCUUUCUCUUAGCUGCGCAUACACUGGGAGAAUUGCCACACUUAUCAGGAAGUCCGAAGCCCAAGGAACAGGCAAGCCAGAUCUUUCAGUUUGCAUCUGGGAGAACGAGUCAUCUGGUGGAAUGGACUGGGUUCUGGAGGAUACCUUAAAACUUGAUUGCAAGUUUGUCACAGAUGACUCACAGAUUCGUUUAGAGUGGACUUCGGCGGAAGAUGGCUCGUACGUCCUAACAGUCUGUAUCGGUAGUGAAGUGUUUAUUCUUGGCUGUGCUUCAAGAAUAGCAAACACAUCUGUAAGAGGGGAGAGUUCUUCCACUGGCAAGGAAACAUGGCUCCUCCUUCACAGUGUCCAUUUAACGUCAGAAAAUAAAUGGCAGCUGCUGACCAGAGCAUUGUCCUGGAUUCGAAAUGGAGUCCUUGUUGUUGGGCUUGGCACUGAAAUGCAGGUCUAUUCACAGUGGAGGGCAGCCACGGAUGGCACCCUUUCUCCCUCAGACACUAUGACAUUUGCUCCUACUGCAACCUUGCAGAAGGUUAGCGAAGCCUCAAGGGGUGGGACAGGACAACUUGUUCCUCUUUCAUUGACACCUGGAAGCGGGAUUGGUCUGUUUGAAGGAGCUGCCACAAUCGCUCCUGUUUUGCCACAGUUUCAUCCCAAACAUCUGAUGGAACUGAUGAACUUUGGCAAACUGAGAAGGGUCCGAGCUAUAUUGCAUCAUUUGGUUUGUUGUGUGGUUGGACGAGAAGCCAUGGAAGCAGCAACAAAAGUCCUUGACCAGUCAUCACACAACAGGCCACGCCUUAGCAGUAUCAGCAGCAUGAAGAGCAUUGGGAAUGUCUCCAGCAGUAGUGAACCAGAUCUCAACGGAUUGGAGGGCGAUGAGAAAGAAGGAGCUUUGUCUGUUCCACCAUUACCAUUGUAUGCUCUUCUAGCUGCUGACAAAGAUACUAGUGGAAUGACCCUCCUUGUUUCAUUAGGGGACUCAGUGGAUGGAGCUCAAGGGGUAUCGACAGAUGAAACUGAUUACAGUGCCCUGUUUGAAACAUCACGAUAUGGCUCUAGUUUUGAAUCAGAUGAUGAGGACAACAGAUUCCUGGAUAGGAAGAGAAACAAAAGCAGUCCAACACGUGUGGCACAGGCUGGUAGUCCUGUACACUUUGGCUUGGCACAGGCUCGAUUGCUGUCCUAUCAACUCACAAAGAAACCCCUUCCUGGCUUAACCAGUAUUGAACAACUGGAAUUGUUGGCCUUGGCAGAUACAUUUGCCUCCGCUAAACUAGACUUGGAAGAAAGCCCUGGCUCUAUUGAAAGAGGAGUCAAAUUUGCAAAGAAAGAGGAUGAAGGUUACAGUAGCAUUGGCGGUCUUAUGGGAGGUCCCGGUGGGGGAGGGGGUGGGUAUGCUACGACAGGGAGUAUUGGUGCCACAGCAGGGAGUGGUGGAGAUGCUGUUGAUGAGUGUGGGCUGCGGUUUUUACUUGCCAUGAGACAUCAUACCUGCCUGAUGAGAUCACUUCCUCCUAAACACAGAGCAGUGCUUGAGGAAAAAGGUUUGUCCUCUUCAUACUAUGGCUGGGCUUUCCAUUCUGAAUCCGAGGAAGAAUUGUUAGCUAUGGUUCCUCCAGUGCUGAGAGGUGAAGCCAUUUGGUCGGAACUGAGGAAAUACGGAAUUGGAUGGUGGGUCAGAAGUAAUGACACACUGAGAAGGCUCAUAGAGAAGACUGCCAAGGCACAGUUCUCAAAGAAGCAAGAACCCAUCGAUUGUGCAUUGUUUUACUUGGCGAUGAAAAAGAAGAAUGUCGUCUGUGGCUUGUAUAGAACUGUUAGAGAUACCAAGAUGUCCCAGUUCUUUGCUAGGGACUUCACUCAAGACAGAUGGCGUAAAGCAGCACUGAAGAAUGCCUACUCUUUGUUAGGCAAACAGAGAUUUGAUCACGCUGCAGCGUUUUUCCUCCUGGCAGGUUCAUUGUGGGAUGCAAUACAGGUUUGCAUUAGCCGACUUCAUGAUUUUCAACUGGCUAUGGUCCUGGCUCGACUGUAUGAGGAAGACACUUCAAGUGGACCUCUGUACACCCGCAUUUUAAAGGAGUGUCUACUGGGUCAGGGUGAUAAUGCGCAUGAACCAAUCCAGGACCCUUUUCUUCGAAGCAUUGCAUACUGGAUCAUGAAAGACUACAACCAAGCUCUGGAAACACUGAUAUUUGAACCAACCACUCACAAAUCACAAGAAAGGAAAUGCAAUCCACUAGCAGCCAGUGGAAAUCCUGACAUAUUCAACUUUUACCUCCAUCUGCGCAAGCAUCCACUGAUUAAAAGAAGACGGUUCAUGCAUGAACACGACAACAAGAACAAGACGAAAUCUGGUGUAAGAAAUCUUCCAAGGCAGAUGAGAAGUAUCACCGAGGAAGAGAUCAUUGACGAACCUUUAACUCCCAUGGAAAGACAACUCUUCUUCAAGACGGCCCAUGCACAUUUGAACUCGGGGUGCCCUGCUCUAGCUCUGCAGGUGUUAAUGGAAUUACCGGCGACAGACACAUCUGAACGAGAUGUGGACAGGCCCACAGAAGAUGAAUCACUGGUUGAAGAGACCAGUGGGACUGUCGAUGAUGUGACAGGUGACAUGAUCAGCACUGGUACACUAAGUGACUUUUCAUUCGGUGGUUCAUACACAGAUGCACUGGCUAAUGGCAAAGCUGAAGAGAUUGACUGGAGUAAGCCCAUCUCAUCCAAACUCGGUGGCGAUUCCUCAGCUGAUUUCGACUGGAGUCAGCCAUUGGCCUCUGAUCUUGGUGGUGGUGUUGAUGAUUUUGACUGGUCUAAACCUGUUUCAUCAAAGUUGGGUGGUGGUGGAUUGGAAGACCUGUCAAAUGGUUUUGAUUGGAGCCAGCCUGUGUCGGAAAAGCUUGGUGGAAUUGGGUUAGAUGGAAUAAAUGGUAGUUACGACAUUCAUGAUGACUCAGAGACUGGAAAAGAGAGCUCAGUUGACGAUACUAAUUUGCAAAAUAGUGAAUCUCGCGUUGCAAAGUCAAAAGAGACACGCCAUUUAGAUGUUGUUGCCCAGCAGAUGAAGUUUUCUGCAAUGCUGAAACUUUUGAUCAAUGAACUGCAUGGCUUACCUUCAAGUUGUGAGAUUGCUGACGAAGAUUUGAGGCCGUUUUUUAUAAAGUGGUUAGAAAAAGAACUGGAGAUCCUGCACAAGAUGUCGGACUAUGGAAGUGUGGCUGAGGAGAGCGACGAGGAAGAGGAGGAUGCUGUUGAAAUCAAUGUUGAGUCAGCAGAUGAACUACAAGAAGGAAGCACCGGUGAUAAAAACUACAUUGCUCUGAAAAUUGACCGCUCUGCCAAGCACAUUCAGUGGCUAAAGAAGAAUCAGAAACUACUUACAAUCUUGCUGAAUUAUUGCUCUCUUCAUGGAGCCAGUGGUGGAGAUUUAGCAGCAAUGAACAUGGAACUUCUACUGCUGCUUCAUGAGGUUGAACAGAUGCAUUCACUUGUGUCACCGCUGCACGUGCCCUCAGCAGGACCAUCCGUCCCCCCUCUUAUCCUGGCGUCAGUGUCGGCUUACUCUUUUCUGGCCAGUCCUCUUGGAUUCUUACAGUCCCUCACACGGGAUAUUCUUAGAUUUGUCUUCAGUUUGCCUGGUCCGCCAUCUCCCAGCCAUCCAAUUCGUUUAGCCAAUGUACUACACAACAUGACAGGCACGCUGUCAGACUGUAUCUAUCAGAGUCUAACAGGCAUGACCCAGGAAAAGGGUGCGUUGGGUGGAUCUAAAGCUUCUCAGAGGAAAGCGUCACUAGGUCUUUCCACAGGGAAAUGCUAUUUUUAUCAGGGAAAAAGUCAGAGAAUUUUGAAAAGUGAUGUCUGUGUCAACCAUGGUAAACCAACAGCCAAAGGUGGCAAGGAUGGCAGUGCAACUGAUCCAAACAAAGCAGCAAGUCCUGGCAGUUCACCGUCUAAAUGGCCAGGAGUCCGUUUGCUGCUCUCUCUGCUAGCCACAGAAAACAAAGACAACAGCACCAAGCUACGAAUCAUGUUGGGAGAAGCUUGUGUAGCAGUGUACCUUAGUCUUUUAGCCCUUGCUUGGUCCAACUCGCAGCCAAAUCAACUCUAUCGAUUAGUUGUUAACUCCCUUAAGGCAGGAAUGUGGGGCAUGGUGUUUGGAGGAGGCUUACGAAGUGCUCUGCAGCAAAGUGGAGGAAGUGGGACUGAUAGCAAAAAGAAGCCAAGACCUCCUACCCCCGGAAAUCCUGAUGGGCGUGGAAGAGGUGACAAGUAUUGGCAAGGUGCUCGACAGCGAUGGAACUUCAAGCUGUUAGGACAAAGUUUAACAGAAACAAUGUCCCAGUGGCUCACAUCAGAUGUCAAACCUGUUUAUAUUGAACAAUUUAUUCCACCAAGAAGUACUCUAAUGGAGUACUUCAUCAGCAAGCCGCAACAUGUGGAAGAGAAAGGAGCGAAGAAUUAUGAUUCUGAAGAUGAUGCCAGUGACUCUGAGGAUGACGAUGAUGAAAUAUUUGAAAGUGACACUGAGAGCGAUCAUGACUAUUUCUCGUCGAAAAGAAGGAAGAAAACUGAACCUAAAAAUCAUUUGGACCACGAGUCCUACAGCUGGUGCCUCAUGAACUACACCAUAGGCAAGCUGGUGCUUCAUAACCUGCAGGCAUUCCUUCCUGAUGUGGGAUUUGAGCUAACAGAUCUACCAUCUCUAUCACCCCAACUGCAUGCAGCUCUAAAGACAGUUGAACGUUGGACUCAAACCUUCCAUGACAAACUUGAGAGUUUCCAAGGGCCUCCACCAGACUUCAUCUCACAGUUCCCUGUCAGCCAAGAUGGAUUCCCUAGAGGUGGACGAGCACUUAUGAGAUAUAAAGCAUUGAUGGAUCCACAAAAUACUCCUUUUAGAUCUACUCGCAACUCUGCAGAGCCUGUGAAACGUUUGUGGCGUACCUUGGUACACCAGGAAGCAAUUCAGGAAAUCUUCAUACAGAAUAUCUUCAAGAGAGAAAUGGAAACUUCACAGGAGGUCGAUCGACUGGACGCUGUCGUUGAUGUAAAGCCGGUGAAAGUUCUGUACAAAGACCCCGAGGGUAUCAAUACAUUUUGUAUCAAUAAGGCAAACCCAAACUUUAUUGCAGUAGGAAGUCUUAAGGAUGUAGAGGAAGUGGAUAUUUCUCGUGUGUUAAGCCCUGAGCCUCUACUAUGGGCUGAUGAUGAAGCUGAGCGUGAGUUGACUGACGCUCAGAGAAGAAGCGAACUACUCUGCUUUACGGUCGACAGGUCGGGUCAAGUAAUUGAUGGCAGUGUAAUUCCUUCCGUUAGAGAUGAGUGGUACUUUGGAGCUAACUUUAUGGUUGGAAUAUCAGAUGCUAGUGGUCAGCUUCUGUUGUGGCAAGUCAGUAGCACUAGUACUGCUUCAGAGCCAUUCCAGACCCUGAAAUGCCACAACAAACAAACAAGCGACUUUGCGUUUGUUGGCUCGUCAAGUUUUAUAGCAACGGCAGGGCACUCUUCAGAUGGAAGCAAUGUAUGUCUUUGGGACACCUUAGUUCCUCAACACAGUUCACUCGUACACGCAUUUAUUUGUCAUGAGAAUGGAGCACCUUGUCUUGCCUAUGUUCCUGGCCAACAGCUUCUCAUUUCAGGAGGGCGGAAAGGAAAUAUUUGUAUAUUUGAUCUCCGGCAACGCCAACUGCGACACACAUUUUUGGCCCAUGAUGCUCCAGUAAAGAGCAUUGUUGUAGACGAAAACGAUCUUGGUUUUAUUGGUGGAAAAUGGUAUUUGUUUUUGUUUCAAUUUUAGGUCUGGGGCUUAUCUGUUCACGAAGAAUUAGAGUGUUAUCCAAAAGAACACGGUAAAGGAGCUUACCUCCUCAAGUAUGGCACACAGGGCGUGGCACUUAUGAACCUGCACAAUGGUCAGUUGUUCUCUUGUGGAGGCGAUGGCACUGUCAAGUGGAGACAACUGUCUGUGAGAGAAACUAUUGUCAACACCAAGCUGCCCUGAGUCUGGUUUCAUGAGCUAACCGCGAUCCAACGGUUUUACUGAGUUAAAUGGGAAGUACCGCGUUAGAGCAGGAAUCUUCAAAUUGCAGUAACGUGGAAGCAUAGUGGCUUUGACGGCAUUGAAAUUGUUGGUAGGCGAUACGAAGACUGAAGGCGGAGCUAGUGUGCCUGUUUUUCCUUCGACUGCCGGGGCGGCGUCCACCUUUUCGAAAUCCUCAGUCGCCUCAAAACAAAGCAGUGACGUUCAAUUUCCAAAAAUCCAACAAAGACAUUGCGAUCUAAACCAAACUACAGGAUUCGAAGGAACUGAAAUAUAUUUACACAGAAUCACAAACAAUACUUUCCGAGUAGGGGCAAAAGCUCCUUAGCUAAUUAGUGUUAUAUCAAAUUAAGAAAUAAAUAACGUGGAAACAACUUCCACCUUUGCUUUUAUAUUGUAACAAAGUUGAGUUGUUUUUGUAUUUUCGUUGUGUGAGGAGAACUUGGUAUAGCAUUUGGUACAUAGUCGAAGACAAAGAAUAGAUCUUGUGUAGAUAUUAGAAUAUUAUAAAUCCACGUUAGCUAUUUAUAAUGUUUUAUAACAAAAUCUCCUUGCAGUUUAUUUGAAAAGAUAGCAGAUUACAUAAAAUUGUGUUUGUCUUGAACCUAGUUAUUAAUACGGGAUUUGAAAUUCGCCGAAGUUUUUCCAGUGCUCCAGAUUAGAGGGUUGCAGGUCUGAGGUUAAGAAAUUAACCGUGGUCGAUAACUGUUUAAAAAUCAGCCACUGUUCGCUGAUCUUGUUAACUGACAGAUCGCUACAAAUACAUACUGAUACCAUAUAAUUAAAGGAAAAUGUGAAACAAGGUCAUUUUCUUUGCCAUAAAUGUUCAUUACUCCGCUUACCACA